AUGCCGGCUGGGAUUUCAGACCAUGCGCAGCUUGACUCCAUCGUUCGCACCCAGCCACGCCACCAGUUUCACACAAGCCCAGAGUCCUCUCUGCAAUCUAACUCUCCGAUGAGUGGGAUCGCUGAGACGAGAUCGUCCAUUGCUGGCGGUACCAGUGGCCAGAUCACAUCGAAUGCCGGGGUUGACUCACAAAAAGCCGGCGGGGCUGUGAAGACGCGCAGUGCCGAUUAUAUCUUGCGAAGCGGUCUCGCUGGAGGGUUAGCGGGCUGUGCGGCCAAAACUGUUGUGGCUCCCCUCGACCGUGUAAAAAUCCUCUUCCAAGCGUCGAACCCGCAAUUUGCCAAAUAUGCCGGCAGUUGGGCUGGCCUUGCUGCCGCCAUUCGUGAUAUCAAGCGCUACGAAGGCGCCCGAGGCCUGUACAAAGGCCAUUCAGCCACACUCCUCCGUAUCUUUCCCUAUGCCGCCAUCAAGUUCCUCGCCUAUGAACAGAUCCGUGCCGUCAUCAUUCCUUCCCAUGAUAAAGAGACCGCGAUCCGCCGCCUAAUAUCGGGCAGCCUGGCAGGCAUCACCUCAGUGUUUUGCACAUAUCCCCUCGAACUCGUGCGAGUACGACUAGCAUUCGAAACGAAACGGUCGUCCCGCUCAUCCUUGACCGAUAUCUGUCGGCAGAUCUAUAAUGAGCGUGUUUCACCACCUUCGACAGGCUCUGCAGGGGCUAAGACCGCUUCGGCCUCCGUUGCUACAGCGGAGACUGUCGCAUCGACAGUCAAUCAGGCUGUGCCACGAUCUGGCCUCGCAAACUUCUACCGCGGUUUCGGUCCGACCAUUCUUGGCAUGCUGCCAUACGCCGGCGUUUCCUUCCUCACCCACGACACAGUCGGCGACUGGCUCCGCAGUCCCUCCAUAGCACAGUACACCACAAUCCCAGCCUCAGAAUCUAAACCAAAGAAAGGUUCUCGCCACCCCCAGCUGACUGCCGCCGCUGAGCUCUUCUCCGGUGCAGUGGCCGGUGUUGUCUCACAGUCUUCUUCAUACCCACUUGAAGUGAUCAGGCGGCGGAUGCAGGUCGGCGGCGCAGUCGGCGGCGGCCAAAGACUCGGCAUCAUUGACACUGCUCGCAAAAUUUGGCUUGAGCGAGGCUUCCGUGGUUUCUGGGUUGGGUUGACCAUUGGCUAUAUUAAGGUCGUGCCCAUGGCCGCCACUGCCUUCUUUGUCUACGAGCGGUUGAAGUGGUCCUUGGGGAUUUAG